GGCUGGCCCUUUAAAUGGCUGUUGGCCCCUCCCCCACUCGAGUGUCCAGACACCCCUCACACACCCCUCUGACCUCUUUGGCAGCCCCUCACUGCCCCUGUUGGUGUGUCCUAAGGUCUGCCCAGUCCCCUGUCUUUAGGCUAGACCCUCCCCAGUGUCCCCUCCCCCCAACACAACCACAUAACACAAAUGCUACAGAGUAUACCACACACACACACACACAAACACACGGGUCCCACAUUCGGAGCCUCCCCGUCCUGGCCUGGAGGCCUCCAGCCUGCAGCUCAGCACCACCUUGGGCCGGUGUGGAGGCCUUUCUCAGGUUCCCCCCAGGCACGAUGUCAGCCCCAUAGCACCGCUCACCCCACCCAUUGUGGUCUGCUGCACCCCACUGCAGGGGCACUAGUUCCAAUGAGACAGGGCACACCAAGCUCCAUCUGGCUGUUACUGAGGCGGAGACACGGGUGAUGAUUGGCUUUCUGGGGAGAGAGGAAGUCCUGUGAUUGGCCAGAGCCCCGGAGCUCGCCGACGCGGUGAGAGGACGUUCUCACGGAGGCCGGAAUUGGCUGGGAAAGGCCCAGGCGGCCAUCUAGGGGCAGUGGGCAUUCUUGUCUGAGCGGCUGGAGCUGGACCGUCGUCCCAGAGAGCUGGGGCAGGGGGCCGUGCCCGAUCUCCAGGGCUCCUGGGGCCACUGCUGACCUGGCUGGAUGCAUCGGGCAGUGGACCCUCCAGGGGCCCGCGCUGCUCGCGAAGCCUUUGCCCUUGGGGGCCUGAGCUGUGCUGGGGCCUGGAGCUCCUGCCCGCCCCAUCCCCCUCCUCGGAGCGCAUGGCUGCCUGGAGGCAGAUGCUCGGCCAGCAUUGGGCAGCCCCCGCUCCCUGCUCCCCUACCCCCUUCACACGGCAGUAGCUCUGGGCACCCCAACAAACCAUAUUAUGCUCCAGGGACGCCUACCCCAAGACCCCUCCAUGGGAAGCUGGAAUCCCUGCAUGGCUGCGUACAGGCGUUGCUCCGGGAGCCCGCCCAGCCAGGGCUGUGGGAGCAGCUCGGGCAGCUGUACGAGUCAGAGCAUGACAGUGAGGAGGCCAUAUGCUGCUACCACAGCGCCCUUCGGUACGGAGGAAGCUUUGCGGAGCUGGGACCCCGAAUCGGCCGCCUGCAGCAGGCCCAGCUCUGGAACUUCCAUGCUGGCUCCUGCCAGCACCGAGCCAAGGUCCUGCCCCCGCUGGAGCAAGUGUGGAACUUGCUGCACCUUGAGCACAAACGGAACUAUGGGGCCAAGCGGGGGGGACCGCCGGUGAAGCGAGCUGCCGAACCCCCAGCGGUGCAGCCUGUGCCUCCCGCAGCACUCUCAGGCCCCCCAGGGGAGGAGGGCCUCAGUCCUGGGGGCAAGCGAAGAAGAGGCUGCAGUUCUGAACAGACUGGCCUCCCCCCAGGGCUGCCACUGCCUCCGCCACCAUUACCACCACCACCACCACCACCACCACCACCACCACCACUGCCUGGCCUGGCUACCAGCCCCCCAUUUCAGCUGACCAAGCCAGGUUUGUGGAGUACCCUGCAUGGAGAUGCUUGGGGCCCCGAGCGCAAGGGUUCAGCACCCCCAGAGCGCCAGGAGCAGCGCCACUCGCUGCCUCACCCAUAUCCAUACCCAGCUCCGGCCUACACCGCGCACCCCCCUGGCCACCGGCUAGUCCCAGCUGCACCCCCAGGCCCGGGCCCCCGCCCCCCAGGAGCAGAGAGCCAUGGCUGCCUGCCUGCCACCCGUCCCCCCGGAAGUGACCUUAGAGAGAGCAGAGUUCAGAGGUCGCGGAUGGACUCCAGCGUUUCACCAGCAGCAACCACCGCCUGCGUGCCUUACGCCCCCUCCCGGCCCCCUGGCCUCCCCGGCACCACCGCCACCACCAGCAGCAGUAGCAGCAGCAGCAGCAUGGGUCUCCGGGGCGUGGAGCCGAGCCCAGGCAUCUCCGGCACUGACCAUUACCAAACGCCCGCGCUGGAGGCCUCCUCUCACCAGGCCCGCCUGGGGCCCUCGGCACACGGCAGUCGGAAACCGUUCUUGGCGGCUCCCCCUGCCACUCCCCACCUGCCCCUGACACAUGGACCCCCGUCGCCCCCUCCGCCCCCCUGUCCCCGCCUCCUGCGCCCCCCACCACCCCCUGCCUGGCUGAAGGGCCCGGCUUGCCGGGCAGCUCGAGAGGAUGGAGAGAUCUUAGAGGAGCUCUUCUUUGGGGCUGAGGGACCACCCCGCCCUCCUCCCCCAUCCCUCCCGCACCGUGAGGGCUUCUUGGGGCCUCCGACCCCCCGUUUUUCCGUGGGCACUCAGGAUUCGCACACCCCUCCCACUCCCCCAACCACCAGCAGUAGCAGCAGCAACAGUGGCAGCCACAGCAGCAGCCCUACUGGGCCUGUGUCCUUUCCCCCCCCUCCCUAUCUGGCCAGAAGUAUGGACCCCCUUCCCCGGCCACCCAGCCCCACACUGAGCCCCCAGGAUCCACCUCUUGCACCUCUGACUCUUGCUCUGCCUCCAGCCCCUCCCUCCUCCUGCCACCAAAAUACCUCAGGAAGCUUCAGGCGCUCGGAGAGCCCCCGGCCCAGGGUCUCCUUCCCAAAGACCCCCGAGGUGGGGCCGGGGCCAUCCCCGGGCCCCCUGAGUAAAGCCCCCCCAGCCUGUGCCGCCGGGGUUGGGGAGCUGCCUGCCCGAGGCCCACGACUUUUUGAUUUCCCCCCAACCCCGCUGGAGGACCAGUUUGAGGAGCCAGCCGAAUUCAAGAUCCUACCUGACGGGCUGGCUAACAUCAUGAAGAUGCUGGACGAGUCCAUCCGCAAGGAGGAGGAGCAGCAACAGCAGGAGGCAGGCGUGGUCCCCCCGCCCCCACUGAAGGAGCCCUUUGUAUCUCUGCAGCCCCCGUUCCCCACCGACACAGCCCCCAGCACCACUGCCACUGCUGCCGCCGCCACCACCACAGCCACAACCACCACGCCCACCGCCACCACCACCACCACGGUCACCCAGGAAGAGGAGAAGAAGCCACCGCCAGCCCUGCCGCCACCGCCGCCUCUAGCCAAGUUCCCUCCGCCCCAGCCCCAGCCGCCCCCGGCGCCCCCAGCCCCAGCCGCCAGCCCAGCCAGCCUGCUCAAAUCCUUGGCCUGCGUGCUGGAGGGACAGAAGCACUGUUACCGGGGCACUGGAGCAGCUGUUGCCACCCGGCCCGGGCCCUUACCCACCACUCAGUUCCCUGGUCCCCCUUCAGGUGCUACCGCGCCGCCGCCCGCCUCGGCGGCCCCCAGCGCCCAGGGCUCCCCACAGCCCUCCGCUUCCUCGUCAUCUCAGUUCUCUACCUCAGGCGGGCCCUGGGCCCGGGAGCGCAGGGCGGGCGAAGAGCCAGCCCCGGGCCCCACGACCCCCACCCAGCCGCCCCCGCCCCUGUCACUGCCCCCUGCUCGCUCCGAGUCUGAGGUGCUAGAAGAGAUCAGCCGGGCUUGUGAGACCCUCGUGGAGCGCGUGGGCCGCAGCGCCACCGGCCCAGCAGACCCGGGGGAGACAGCAGACCCAGUGGACAGCGGGACUGAGCGGCUGCUGCCUUCUGCACAGACCAAGGAGGAGAGUGGUGGGGCUGCCGGGGCCACAGCGGCGGCGGCCACGGCGGCGGCGGCGGCGGCGGCGGCGGCGGGAGGGCCAGGCAGCGGCAAGCGGCGGCAGAAGGAGCACCAGAAAGAGCACCAGAAAGAGCAUCGGCGGCACAGGCGGGCCUGCAAGGACAGUGUGGGCCGGCGGCCCCGCGAGGGCAGGGCUAAGGCCAAGGCCAAAGCCCCCAAAGAAAAGAGCCGCCGGGUGCUGGGGAACCUAGACCUGCAGAGCGAGGAGAUCCAGGGGCGUGAGAAGGCGCGGCCCGAGCUUGGUGGGGCCUCCAAGGCCAAACCACCCACGGCUCCAGCCCCUCCACCAGCUCCUGCACCCUCCGCGCAGCCCCCAGCCCCGUCAGCUCCUGUGGCUGGGAAGAAGGCCCGGGAGGAAACUCCGGGGCCACCGGGUGUCAGCCGGGCCGACAUGCUGAAGCUGCGCUCCCUCAGCGAGGGGCCCCCCAAGGAGCUGAAGAUCCGGCUCAUCAAGGUGGAGAGCGGGGACAAGGAGACCUUCAUCGCCUCCGAGGUGGAAGAGCGGCGGCUGCGGAUGGCGGACCUCACCAUCAGCCACUGCGCCGCUGACGUCCUGCGUGCCAGCAAGAAUGCCAAGGUGAAAGGAAAGUUCAGAGAGUCCUACCUUUCCCCCGCCCAGUCUGUGAAACCCAAGAUCAACACUGAGGAGAAGCUGCCCCGGGAGAAACUCAACCCCCCCACGCCCAGCAUCUAUCUGGAGAGCAAACGGGACGCCUUCUCGCCGGUGCUGCUGCAGUUCUGUACCGACCCCCGCAAUCCCAUCACCGUGAUCCGGGGCCUGGCAGGCUCCCUGCGGCUCAACCUGGGCCUCUUCUCCACCAAGACACUGGUGGAGGCGAGUGGCGAGCACGCGGUGGAGGUGCGCACCCAGGUACAGCAGCCGUCAGAUGAGAACUGGGAUCUGACCGGCACCCGGCAGAUCUGGCCCUGCGAGAGCUCCCGUUCCCACACCACCAUCGCCAAGUAUGCACAGUACCAGGCCUCCUCCUUCCAGGAGUCGCUGCAGGAGGAGAAGGAGAGUGAGGAUGAGGAGUCCGAGGAGCCGGACAGCACCACAGGAACCCCUCCGAGCAGCGCCCCCGACCCCAAGAACCAUCAUAUCAUCAAGUUUGGCACCAACAUCGAUCUGUCGGAUGCCAAGCGGUGGAAGCCCCAGCUGCAGGAGCUGCUGAAGCUGCCCGCCUUCAUGCGGGUAACAUCCACGGGCAACAUGCUGAGCCACGUGGGCCACACCAUCCUGGGCAUGAACACCGUGCAGCUGUACAUGAAGGUCCCGGGCAGCCGGACGCCAGGUCACCAGGAGAACAACAACUUCUGCUCCGUCAACAUCAACAUCGGCCCGGGCGACUGCGAGUGGUUCGCGGUGCACGAGCACUACUGGGAGACCAUCAGCGCCUUCUGCGACCGGCACGGCGUGGACUACUUGACAGGUUCCUGGUGGCCAAUUCUGGAUGACCUCUACGCAUCCAACAUCCCUGUGUACCGCUUCGUGCAGCGCCCUGGGGACCUCGUGUGGAUUAAUGCGGGGACCGUGCACUGGGUGCAGGCCACGGGCUGGUGCAACAACAUUGCCUGGAACGUGGGGCCCCUCACCGCCUAUCAGUACCAGCUGGCCCUGGAACGAUACGAGUGGAACGAGGUGAAGAACGUCAAGUCCAUCGUGCCCAUGAUCCACGUGUCCUGGAAUGUGGCGCGCACUGUCAAAAUCAGCGACCCGGACCUGUUCAAGAUGAUCAAGUUCUGCCUCCUGCAGUCCAUGAAGCACUGUCAGGUGCAGCGGGAGAGCCUGGUGCGGGCCGGGAAGAAAAUCGCGUACCAGGGCCGGGUCAAGGACGAGCCCGCCUACUACUGCAACGAGUGCGACGUGGAGGUGUUCAACAUCCUGUUCGUGACGAGUGAGAACGGCAGCCGCAACACGUACCUGGUGCACUGCGAGGGCUGCGCGCGGCGGCGCAGCGCGGGCCUGCAGGGCGUGGUGGUGCUGGAGCAGUACCGCACCGAGGAGCUGGCGCAGGCCUACGACGCCUUCACGCUGGCCCCCGCCGGCACGUCGCGAUGAGGCCGACGCCCGCCCGCCCGCCUGCCCGCGCGGGGCGCCGCGGGGCCACCAGCACACGCCUGGGCUGGACCUGGGUCCCGCCUCUGGCCGGGAAGGGGGUCGGGCCCAGCCCUUCUACCUUAUUGGCAGCUCCCCUCACUUAAUUUAUUAAGAAAAAAAUUUUUUUAACAAAUAUGAGGAAAAAAAAGGAAAAAAAAAAAAAAGGGAGACGGGGAGGGGGCUGGCAGCCCCUCGCCCAGCAGCGCCUCCCCUCACCGACUUUGGCCUUUCUAGCAACAGACACAAGGACCAGGCUCCGGCGGCGGCGGGGGUCGCAUACGGGUUCCUGGGCCCGCCCGCCGCCGGCGCCCGGCCAGGUGCACGCGGCCGUAUGUACAUAGACGUCACGGCAGCAGAGGUUCCCGGGGCCCCGCGGGGCUCCCCUCCCCGGAACCUCCUCUGUUACCCCCAGUGCUCGCUGUGACCCCUGUACAUGUCUCUUGUUUAUUCACUUGGUUAUGAUUUGUACUUUUUUUGUUCUUUUUUUUUUGAUUUUUUAAUUUAUAACAGUCCCACUCACCUCUAUUUAUUCAUUUUUGGGAAAAACCCGACUUCCCGCAUCCCCAAGCCAUCCCGCCCGCCCCUCCAGGGACCGCCCGGCACCCCAGCGCGUGCCCCGGCCCGGCCCGGCCGGGUUCUCAUGGUGCUCAGACCCGCUCCCCUCCCCUGCGUCCUGCACUUUCUCGGACCAGUCCCCCACCCGCCCCUGCCCCUGCCCCGCCUGAGGGUGAGCGACUCCUGUACUGUAGGGGAAGAAGUGGGAACUGAAAUGGUAUUUUGUAAAAAAAAAAAAAAAAAAAAAAAAGAAAGAAAAAAGAAAAGAAAAAAAGAAAAAUAAAUAAAUAAAAAAAUUUAAAGUUUUAAAGAAAGAACUAUGAGGAAGAGGAACCCCGCCCUCCGCAGCCCGGCCCUUCGCCCCAGCCCUUUUAGUGUGAAACAGCCCAGGGCCAGGGACACCCCGGGGUGACGCUCUGGGGCUGGCUUCUCCUUUUGUUGUUGUUGUGUUGUUUUUUGUUUUUUUUUCUUUUUCCUCCAUGCUGGGCUGCGGAGGGGUGGGGGGUUUACAGUCCCGCCCCCUCGCACUGCACUGUCUCUCUGCCCCAGGGGCAGAGGGGUCUUCCCAACCCUACCCCAACUUCGGUGAUUUUUGUGUGAGAAUAUUAAUAUUAAAAAUAAAAGGAAAAAAAAAAAAACAACCACCCAAAGCCCUGUUUCGAUAACGUGACAGCGGAGCUCGCUCCGGGCGGAGGGCCGCCUGGCCGUGAUGGAUGGGG